AUGAGUUUAUCCACUGUCCCCCUCAUCAUCGAUAACGAAGAUGUCCAGACCGCCUCGACUUUCGAAGUGAGAAACCCGGGGACUGGACUAUUAGUCCACCAUUCCAGCAGUGCAUCCGUCAUAGAGGCCGCGAAAGCUGUGGAAUCGGCCCAAGCGGCCUUUAUCUCAUGGUCCAAGUCUAAGCCUGCUGUUCGACGGGCGGUACUGUUGCGGGUAGCCGAGCUUAUGGAGAAACGUCGUGAAGAGCUUUUAGGCUAUGUGAUAGAGGAGACGGGUGCCGAGAGGGCGUUCGCUGAUUUUAGCAUCACGGCCGGGAUCAAUUUGGUCACCGAUGUCGCGGGAAAGGUGUCAAGCAUCAAUGGAUACUCGCCAAUGCUAGCCGGAGAUGCGACUGCGAUUGUAUACAAGGAGCCGUAUGGUGCAAUGCUUGGAAUUGCCCCAUGGAACGCUCCCUUCAUCCUUGGGGUGCGUAAAGCGACAUUGGCGGUGGCGGCCGGCAACACUAUGAUUUUGAAGGGUGCCGAGCUAGCUCCCAAGUCUUAUUGGGCUAUUGGGGACGUGUUCCGUCAGGCUGGCCUUCCGGCUGGCUGUGUAAAUGUCCUCGUCCACCGCACCAGUGAUGCGGCAGAGGUGACGACGGCACUCAUCGCUGCACCAGAGAUCCGGAAGAUUUGCUUUACCGGCAGUACCCCUGUUGGACGCAUUAUUGCUGCAACAGCAGGUCAAUAUUUGAAGCCUGUGAUCCUUGAGUUGGGUGGUAAAGGAAGCUGCAUUGUGCUAGAUGAUGCAGACCUCGAGAAGGCAGCGGAUGCUUGCACACUAGGCGCAUUCUUGCAUGCUGGACAAGUAUGUAUGUCGACGGAACGAAUCAUUGUGCAUCGCAACGUGGUUGCCGAUUUCCGCACUGCUUUGAAAUCCUCCAUCAACAAAAUCUACGGUGACGACAAGCCAGCUCCCACACUUAUAAGUCCAGUCCCCGUGGAAAGGAAUAAGUCCCUGGUCAAGGAUGCCACAUCCAAGGGUGCAAACAUCCUGGCUGGUAUCUUGGAUACUCCGGUGGACUCUAACACCGGCAUGCGACCUGUUGUCGUCGAAGGUGUCACCAAGAGUAUGGAUCUAUACUACAGUGAAUCCUUUGGCCCAACUGCAUCCCUAUUCAUAGUCGGCAGCGAUUCAGAAGCUUUACAAUUGGCAAACGACACUGAUUAUGGCCUUAGUACUGCUAUUUUCACUGAGAAUCUAGGACGAGGGCUGAGGAUAGCCCGUGAGCUAGAUACAGGUGCGGUCCACAUCAACUCAAUGACAAUACACGAUGAACCUGUUCUUCCUCAUGGGGGUGUGAAAUCGAGUGGUUAUGGUCGAUUUGGAGGUGCCGAUGGCCUGGAUGAGUUUUUGAAAACAAAGUCUGUUACUUGGAUGAACUGA